AUGAAUUUCGUAAUUUCUAGCAAGGUUCAACUUAAAAGACAGAAAUAUAAAUCAUAUUCGCCAACAAAACUGACCAAUGCUUAUCUAGAUGUCACUGACAACAAGCUCAGUGUUGCUAAGGCUGCAAGAAAGUAUUGUCUACCUGAACAGACAUUGAGAGAUCGUGUGCUGGGCCACAUAUCUGUGGACAAUGUCAAGUCAGGACCACCACCAGUGUUUGAUUGUGAACAGGAGGCGAGGUUGGUGCAGCACAUCAAAGAAAUGGGUGCCGUAGGCUAUGCUUACACUAGGGCUGAAGUGGUGGAUCUGGGAUCAGAGUAUGCUGUCCACUUGGGGAUGAAAAGAAAAGAUGACAAGCAUCUUUCUCUGAGAUGGUUUUACGGUUUCAUGGGUAGAUGGCCAGAACUUAAAGUAUGGAGACCCAAAACCAUAUCAGAGCUUCGAGCAAAAGCAACAUCAAGGACUUCAAUAUAUAGGUACUUCGAUGAACUUUAUCGUAUAAUGGAAAAAUAUGAGCUUAAAGACAGGCCCCAAAGCAUUUAUAAUGUCGACGAAAAGGGUUUACAACCAAACUAUAAACCCCCAAAUGUUGUAGCAUCUGCAGAGUAUGUACCCUCUACAUUGUCCUCUGAAAAAGGCCAAACAACAACGGUAAUGGGAUGUGGUAACGCCUUAGGACAUCAAAUUCCACCGUAUUUCAUUUUCGCUGGUAAACGUAUGAGACAGGAGUUGUUAGAAGGAGCCACACCUGGUGCUGAUGGGUCUGUCAGUGAAACUGGAUGGUCUAAUUCAGAAAUUUUUCAGUCAUAUCUGGAAACUCAUUUCAUCAAAUAUGUAACUGGAAUGCAGGACAAACAUACUCUUCUUCUCUAUGAUGGUCACAGGACACACAUAACACCGGAUAUAAUUGAUUGGGCAGUUGAGAAAAAAAUUAUCUUGUAUGUUUUGCCUCCUCAUACUAGCCAUGUUCUUCAGCCCAUGGAUGUUGGUUGUUUUGGGCCCUUUGCAAGAAUAUACAGUUCCGAAUGUCACAAAUUCCAACGCACCACUUCAUCUGUAAUUAACAAGUACAACUUAUGUUCUAUUGCCUGCAAGUCUUACAACUCUGCUCUUUCUCCAACAAAUUUACAGUCUGCUUUUCGUAAGUCAGGUAUAUACCCAUUAAAUAGAGAUGCUAUUGAUCAAUCAUUGUUUUCAAUUUCUGAUGCCAUGCAUAAACAGAGCCAACUAGAGGAAAAUACAUGUACAACAGUUGAAGAUAUCCCUGCCAUUGAAAACAUAACGACUGAACCAGAAAGACGUUCCAUCUACAAGAUAGUAGCUGGAAAAGCCAUAACAGAACCAGAGACACGUGAAAAAAUAAAUGAAUACAUUGCGCAAUCAAAGUCAAAGACCAAGGCAACAACCAACAAUAAAUCAACAAAACCUAAAGUUAAUAAAAAUCCUAAGAAAACAACUACUAAACGAAAGCAAAAUGAUUCAUCACCUUCUGUUACUACAACAACCACAAACAAGAAACAAAGGCCUAACCAACAAGAGUCUCAACAACCAGGUCCAUCAGGACUGCAGAACAUAGUCGUUUCUGAUAACUCAAUAUCAGAUGAAGAUGAUCGAGAUGAUAGCACUUUAUGUUGUGUUUGCAACAUGUGGCAGCCGAAGGAGUUACAAGAUUGCAUCUCCAUUGUAUUCACACAAUGGGCCAAGUGUGAAUAUCUACAGUGUGAUCAUUGGACUCAUCUCAAAUUUUGCUGUGAUGUUUCCGUCAUACGCAGAUCAGAUAAAUUUUACUGUCCAUGUCAUGGCUUACCCUGCAAACAGAAAGAGACUGAAGAAUAA